AUGGACCUGCCUCUGCUGUGUUGCCAGUCACAGACCUGCCUCUGCUGUGUUGCCAGUCACAGAACUGCCUCUGCUGUGUUGCCAGUCACAGAACUGCCUCUGCUGUGUUGCCAGUCACAGAACUGCCUCUGCUGUGUUGCCAGUCACAGAACUGCCUCUGCUGUGUUGCCAGUCACAGAACUGCCUCUGCUGUGUUGCCAGUCACAGACCUGCCUCUGCUGUGUUGCCAGUCACAGAACUGCCUCUGCUGUGUUGCCAGUCACAGAACUGCCUCUGCUGUGUUGCCAGUCACAGAUCUGCCUCUGCUGUGUUGCCAGUCACAGACCUGCCUCUGCUGUGUUGCCAGUCACAGAACUGCCUCUGCUGUGUUGCCAGUCACAGACCUGCCUCUGCUGUGUUACCAGUCACAUAACUGUCUCUGCUGUGUUGCCAGUCACAGAACUGCCUCUGCUGUGUUGCCAGUCACAGAACUGCCUCUGCUGUGUUGCCAGUCACAGAACUGCCUCUGCUGUGUUGCCAGUCACAGAACUGCCUCUGCUGUGUUGCCAGUCACAGAACUGCCUCUGCUGUGUUGCCAGUCACAGAACUGCCUCAGCUGUGUUUCCAGUCACAGACCUGCCUCUGCUGUGUUGCCAGUCACAGAACUGCCUCUGCUGUGUUGCCAGUCACAGAACUGCCUCUGCUGUGUUGCCAGUCACAGACCUGCCUCUGUUGUGUUGCCAGUCACAGACCUGCCUCUGCUGUGUUGCCAGUCACAGACCUGCCUCUGCUGUGUUGCCAGUCACAGACCUGCCUCUGCUGUGUUGCCAGUCACAGAACUGCCUCUGCUGUGUUGCCAGUCACAGACCUGCCUCUGCUGUGUUGCCAGUCACAGAACUGUCUCUGCUGUGUUGCCAGUCACAGACCUGCCUCUGCUGUGUUGCCAGUCACAGACCUGCCUCUGCUGUGUUGCCAGUCACAGACCUGCCUCUGCUGUGUUGCCAGUCACAGACCUGCCUCUGCUGUGUUGCCAGUCACAGAACUGCCUCUGCUGUGUUGCCAGUCACAGACCUGCCUCUGCUGUGUUGCCAGUCACAGACCUGCCUCUGCUGUGUUGCCAGUCACAGACCUGCCUCUGCUGUGUUUGCAGUCACAGAACUGCCUCAGCUGUGUUGCCAGUCACAGAACUGCCUCAGCUGUGUUGCCAGUCACAGACCUGCCUCUGCUGUGUUGCCAGUCACAGACCUGCCUCUGCUGUGUUGCCAGUCAUAG